GCUGCUGGCCAGGGAGGGACAGGGGCAGGGAGGCUCUGGCCAGUCCCAGCAGCCGGGGACAGAUGCCGAUCGAGAUUGUGUGCAAAAUCAAAUUUGCAGAGGAGGAUGCGAAACCCAAGGAGAAGGAGGCAGGGGAUGAGCAGAGCCUCCUGGGGGCCGCACAGGGGGCGGCAGCCCCCCGGGACCUGGCCACCUUUGCCAGCACCAGCACCCUGCACGGGCUGGGCCGGGCCUGUGGCCGGGGCCCCCACGGACUGCGCAGAACCCUGUGGGCACUGGCCCUGCUCACCUCGCUGGCCGCCUUCCUGUACCAGGCUGCCGGCCUGGCCCGGGGCUACCUGACCCGGCCUCACCUGGUGGCGAUGGACCCCGCCGCCCCAGCCCCAGCGGCGGGCUUCCCGGCUGUCACCCUCUGCAACAUCAACCGCUUCCGGCACUCGGCCCUCAGCGACGCCGACAUCUUCCACCUGGCCAACCUGACGGGGCUGCCCCCCAAAGACCGGGACGGGCACCGUGCGGCUGGCCUGCGCUACCCGGAGCCCGACAUGGUGGACAUCCUCAACCGCACCGGCCACCAGCUCGCCGACAUGCUCAAGAGCUGCAACUUCAGUGGGCACCACUGUUCCGCCAGCAACUUCUCCGUGGUCUAUACUCGCUAUGGGAAGUGUUACACCUUCAACGCGGAUCCACAGAGUUCACUGCCCAGUCGGGCAGGAGGCAUGGGCAGUGGCCUGGAGAUCAUGUUGGACAUCCAGCAAGAGGAAUACCUGCCCAUCUGGAGAGAGACAAAUGAGACGUCGUUUGAGGCUGGCAUCCGAGUGCAGAUCCAUAGCCAAGAAGAGCCACCCUACAUCCACCAGUUGGGCUUCGGCGUGUCCCCAGGCUUCCAGACCUUCGUGUCCUGCCAAGAACAGCGGCUGACCUAUCUGCCCCAGCCCUGGGGCAACUGCCGCACGGAGAGCGGGCUCAGGGAGCCUGAGCUGCAGGGCUACUCAGCCUACAGUGUGUCUGCCUGCCGGCUGCGCUGUGAAAAAGAGGCCGUGCUUCAGCGCUGCCACUGCCGGAUGGUGCACAUGCCAGGCAACGAGACCAUCUGCCCGCCCAAUAUCUACAUCGAGUGUGCUGACCACACACUGGACUCCUUGGGUGGGGGCUCCGAGGGCCCGUGUUUCUGCCCUACUCCCUGCAACCUGACUCGCUACGGGAAGGAAAUCUCCAUGGUCCGGAUCCCCAACAGGGGCUCGGCCCGGUACCUGGCAAGGAAGUACAACCGCAACGAGACCUACAUCCGGGAGAACUUCCUGGUCCUAGAUGUCUUUUUUGAAGCCCUGACGUCUGAGGCCAUGGAGCAGCGAGCAGCCUAUGGCCUGUCAGCGCUGCUGGGAGACCUCGGGGGACAGAUGGGCUUGUUCAUCGGGGCCAGCAUCCUCACACUGCUGGAGAUCCUAGAUUACAUCUAUGAGGUGUCCUGGGACCGACUGAAGCGGGUGUGGCGCCGUCCCAAGACACCCCUGCGGACCUCCACCGGGGGCAUCUCCACGCUGGGGCUGCAGGAGCUGAAAGAGCAGAGUCCCUGCCCAAGCCGCAGCCACGUUGAGGGUGGGGGAGCCAGUGGCCUGCUCCCCAACCACCACCACCCUCCGGGCCCCCGAGGAGGCCUCUUUGAAGACUUUGCUUGCUAGGAUGGUGCUGUGUGGAAAAAGACCCAGGAGUCUGGGACCCCUCCCAGGAUCCCCAACAGUCUCCUCCUGCUCCUGGGACCCAAGGCCUGGGGGCAGCCCAUGGGGAGGGGGAGGCA